GAACAACGACAAAUACAUCGGCGCAGUUUACAGGCAACUCGUGGUUUUGACCGCGGAUUUUCAAUAGUAGACUCGUUAUUUCAAAAACAUCAAGCGGGAAAACGAGCAAGGCCAAGGUCUGUCUUCUUUUUGAUAAUUGGAGGACUAUUACUUAUUGGUACUGCCAUUUUCAUGUCUUUUUAUGAUCCGUAUGACCUCAUUUUUAAAUGGAAAUUGCAAUAUGGAGAAGAUGGUGAAAUAUUUGAUCUUUGGCGAAAGCCACCAGCGGAUAUUUAUACAAAAAUAUAUCUUUUUAACAUUACAAAUGCCGAUGAAUUCAUGGCUGGCAAAGAAAAACUCAAAUUGAAGGAAGUAGGUCCAUACGUGUAUAAGGAACUAUUUACUCAUGACAAUGUUACAUUUAAUAACAAUGGUACGGUUUCUACUACGCCAAGACAUCCACUUGUGUGGCAACCACAUUUGUCUGAAGGAUUUAGCGAAGACGACAUUUUCAUGUUGCCUAACAUUGCUUUGCUGAGUAUCGCCCAAGUUGUAGCCGAUAAAUCGUACUUUGUCCGUCUGCCUAUAAAUUUGGUAAUACGUCAGGCCAAAGAGCGACCAAUUGUGAAAAUGACUGCUCGAGAAUUCAUGUUUGGUUAUGAAACUACCUUGACAACUUUGGGAAAUAAUAUUUUACCGAAUUGGAUCAAAUUUGACAAAGUUGGCCUUAUUGAUAGAAUGUAUGAUUUUUCAGGAGAUUUUGAGACAUUUUUUAGUGGUACAACGAACCCACAGAUUUCUGGAUUAUAUGACACUUAUAGGGGAUCUACAAAUUUGAAUCAUUGGAAUGGCGAAGAAUGUAGUAACAUUCAAUAUGCGUCAGAUGGAGUGAAAUUCAAGAGUUUUGUUCAGCCGAAUGAAACGUUAUUGUUUUUUAGGAAAAGCAUGUGUAGAGCACAAACAUUGGUCCCAACAGGAAGUACUUCCGUAAUCGGCAAUUUAGCGGCAUCAAAAUACAAGUUUGAAAAAAAUGCACUUGAUAAUGGCGAAAUCAACGAAAAAAACAAAUGUUUUUGUCAAAAUGGUCAAUGUCUUCCUCGAGGCUUAAUUGAUGUUAAUCAUUGUUACUACGGAUUCCCCAUAGCUCUUUCAUAUCCACAUUUCUUGGAUGCCGACGAAAAACUCUUAAAUAUGACCGAAGGGUUGUUUCCUGAUUUGAAAAAACACGACAGUUAUUUCAUGAUCAACCGGCAAUCUGGUCUGCCCCUCGAUAUAUCAGUCAAAUUUCAAAUUAAUAUGGCUAUGCAUGAUGUUGGAAACAUGGCGAAUGUAGAUCGCUUUUCACAUCUUGUCAUACCAAUGCUUUGGUUUGAAAUUUCCAUGCCCGGUCUUCCACAGGAUCUUCAGAACCGUUUCGUUUUCUACCUAAACAUCCUUCCGUGGAUCGUGAAAUUCAGUCAUUGGGGCUGUUAUAUCUUGGGAGCCCUUCUAAUUCUCUUCGCAACAUUCAAAGCUAGUCUCAAAUUAAACCAUAACCUCAAACGAGCACAUAAUGUUCAUCAUGCAAUAUCAUUUGCUAAUGGGGGAAAUAUUUAUUUGACAAGUGAGACUACUGCAAAUCGGGACAGUGAAAUGCAAAGUAUUAUUGAAGAAGAUAACUAUGAAAAAUUUGAUCAAACCCCAGAGAGAAAGACAUCUUUAAAGAGCUGUUUAACUAUCGACCACAACCUAGAUGACACAAAUUAUUCGACUGAACUCAAAAUAACUGAGGACGAACCAGUGCCAUUAUGGUAUAAAGUAGGAGAGCCACAUUGAAGAACUGUUGUCGGUGCACAUUGAUUUUUUGUGUGCUCACUUCGAAUUUACAAAGUUGCUCAAUUUUACGUGCUGUAUAUGUAGAUUAUUAAGUUUUAUCAAAAAAGAAAUUUUUUAUCUUUUUAAAAAUUUUAAUUUAUUCGAAAGUUAAUUAAUACCUAAUAGUUAAUUAAUAUUUAAUUAAAAAUUUAAGUUUUCAGAUUUCCCUUUCAGCAACGAUAUUAUUUUCCAUUAAUGUACGUGUUCCAUAUGGAAGGUAGAAUUUGUUGUUAAAAGACAAUCCUUUAACUGUGAUUCUAUGAAAAUAUUUAUUAAAAAAAAACAUAAAUAAUACCUAAAUUAAUAAAAAAAAAUCUGUAAGUGGCAAAUUUAAUUAUGCUUCGUCGAACCUGCAAAAUAUAUAUUUGUAAGUCAAUAGAAAAGGCUUAAAGUAAUAGGAGGAACAAGGAACUAAAUAAAAAUGGUAGGCGGGAUUAAAUAAAUCUUAAAUAUCACCUAUUAAUAAUUUAUUGAAAACUUAAUUUUAAAGCAUUUUUAUAUGAAAGUACUAUGGAAAUUCGGCUGCGAUAGAAUAAGUUUUGUACCAUGAGAUGUUUAGCAUUUUAGAAAAUAGAACAUUGUAAUAAAUAUAUAAA